AUGCCUCUUCCCCGCCGCCGCUCCUCCUUCCUGGGUCAGUCCACCUCUGAGCGUCCGGCCGCCGCGUCCAGCGGUCGGAUGAGCUCCGCCAGCACCAGCGCUCCCCGCGGCGUGUUCGUGGGCUCCGCCCCUCCCGUGGGGGGGGUGUCAGGUCUGGGGACGCGCGUGUCCCGGCGCGCUCUGGGCAUCAGCAGCGUGUUCCUGCAGGGCAUGAGGAGCAGCGCCGCGCCCGUGAUGCCCCGCGGCGGGGAGCGCGCCGCGGGUCACGGAGCAGCUGCAGCAGGACUGAACAGCUGUUUGAUGGAGUACCGGGACAAGGUCCGGGCCCUCGAGACCCUCAACCAGCAGCUGGAGGAGCAGAUCCGCCUCUGCCUCGACCGGAAAGCCUCCAGCGCGGGAGCGUGGGGGCCGCUGCGGAGGGAGUGGGAGGAAGUGUACAGACAGGUCAGUGAAGCCAUCCUGGACAACGCUCGGCUGAUGCUGCAGACGGAGAACGUUCAGGCCAACGCAGAGGACUUCAAGGAAAGGUAUGAGAACGAGCAGCCCUUCAGGAAGGCCGUGGAGGAGGAAAUCAACUCUCUGUAUAAAGUGAUCGAUGAUGCAAACCUGACGAAGGCGGAGCUGGAGGAACAGAUGGAGAACAUGAGAACCGACCUGAGGAACCUGGAGCAGAACCACGAGCAGGACGUGCGUCUCCUCUACAGUCAGAUGUCGGGUCGUGAGGUGGACCAACCAGACGCUCCCAUCGAGACCAGUCUGGACCAGAUCCUGUCCUACAUCAGGAACCACUGGGAGAAGGUGACGGAGCGGAACCGAGCCGACACCGACAGCUACCUGGAGUGUAAGGAGGCGCACUGUGUGAGCAGCAGGUUGAGUCCAGAGGAGAAGCAGGUGGAGGCGCUGAAGGCCGAGUGCAGCGACGCCGGCUGUAAGAUCCAGAGUCUGCAGGCCGAGACCGAGUCCAUCAGAGCUCUGAAACGCGGUCUGGAGAACUCUCUGGGAGACGCUCGGCACUGGCACGAUGUGGAGCUGCAGAAUCUGGGCUCAGUGGUGGCGAAGCUGGAGGCGGAGCUAUCUGACGUACGCGGAGAGAUCGAGCAGCAGCGCCGUGACUACGACACGUUGCUAAGCAACAAGCAGCGUCUGGAGCAGGAGAUCAGCAUGUACCACGGCAUCCUGGAUGGAGAGGAGAGCCGCUUCCAACCCAACGAACCGCUGUGUUCAGGUCUGCAGUCCGGCCCUGAAGGAGCAGCUCCAGACUUCAGGAGCGCCGCUGCAGGACUUCAGUGA